CCUGUGCCAGCACAACAGGAAAGAGCUGAUCGCUCCCGCAAGUUCCUGCUGCUCUGAGUCACCUCUCCGGUGAUCGCUGGGAGGGGACACAAUGAGGAAAUUGUCAUCGGUGAGGACCUGGGGAAGGUGAGCGAGCACCGAUCUCUGCAACAGGUGGACAAGGCUGGAGAGUGAUCCCGGAUCUGGAGAUCUGCCCUGAGACUGAUACUGGAGGAGGAGGAGAAGAAGGAGGAGGAGGAGGAGGAGGAGGACAUGUGUUACCUGCUCACCAUGUUUGAUCCUGAGGAGGGAGGGGAAUGGCCAUUGUGCUGGGAGCACUAGCAGGGCCCGCUCCAGGCAUUACUACCAUAAACUUCUCUGCUGGAUGCUGGAGGGCUGCCUCUGAUAUGUAGCUGAGGACACCCUGCAGGAGCUGCCACUUGUGAGGACUACAGAACAUGGAGAACCUGGAGAGCAGAGCUGGGCAUGAGAGGUUUCUGCCUGAUGACACGAGAGCUCACCCUGGCAUGGUGGACCAUGGGCAGACCAUGACGAUGGAGAGGAAACUGGUGGAAGGUUACAGGCUUGUGGAUGUGUUUCUUACUGGAGGAGCUCCUUGGGGAUUUACCUUGAAAGGUGGUAAAGAACAUGGAGAACUUCUUAUCAUUACUAAGGUUGAAGAAGGGAGCAAAGCUGCGGAGACAUUAAUGGCGGGAGAUGAAAUGGUGAAUAUAAAUGAUAUACCGCUCUCUGGUUACCGCCAGGAAGCAAUCUGUCUGGUGAAAGGAUCUCACAAAACAUUGAAGAUGGUUGUAAAAAGGAAAAAUGACAUUGCUUAUCGGCCUCAUUCUUGGCACUCGACAAAAUUUAUUGAAAACCCAAUGGAGACUUUGACUGCACAGCUUGCAAACUCAAAUUUGAACCCUACGUGGGGCAAUGCAUAUCAUUCCAGCUCAUCAUCUCAUGACUUAACAAACUCUUGGGACCAAACCAACUUGCAUAGGACCUCUGGACAUUUUAGUUCAAUGGGUAGUAUGGACAGUAUUGACCAGACCUACCAUUUUGGCAGACUAUCUUCUGCCAAGUCUAAUAACAGCAUAGAUAACAUAGGUAAUCACAGUAAGAGGGAUUCGGCAUAUGGCUCUUUCUCUACCAGCUUUAUCACCCCAGAGCAUGCACUACCCAAAAGUGGAUCUGUUUCAACGGAAAAUAUAUUGUAUAAAAUUAAUGAGUGGGACAGUACAAUACAAGGACAUGGGAAGAGUGGUCAAUAUCUACAUGAAACCAAGGGAGCAGAAGAUAAACAUGUAUACCCUUCUUCCUCUGAGACUAACAAGUCUCAAAGAGUAGAUGAUAUUGGAGAUACAAAACAUUCUGGUCGAUCAAGUUUUGGACCAGUUUGGCAUGUUCCCGAUAAGAAAAAAAACUCAUCUUCACCUCCGCCGCCACCACCUCCACUUCGAAGUGAUAGUUAUGCCAUUGCUAAAACCCAUGAGAAACCUCCUCAUACACACUCAGAAUUACCAGGCACACAGCACUUUAAUGUUGCAAACAAGUCUCAUUCAAGGCUUGAAUGGAAUUCAGAUCCUCCUGACUAUCAUCCGCAAAGAUAUUUUAGAGGACCUGAUAGGAACAUAUCAGAUGUGAGGCGAAUUAGUAAUUCUUCUUAUCAAUCAGAAAUCAAUUUGGAUCAGAUAGUGUCCUAUCAAGAAAAAUAUCAAAACAUGUCACCUCAUUCCAAUAGAUUACAGCUCUCUCAGUCCACCACGGAUAUAAGGUUUGCACAACCAUCUUACAAUUACCAUCACCAGCGUCAGUACAGUGAUCAAAGCACUUUUUUUCCAAAUUCAAAAGCUCCAGCCUCCAUCAAAGCACAACCUCAACAAGUGACCUUUCAUUCUGGAUCUCAUGAGUUGAUGGCAGACCCAACUCAUGUUUACAGUACCCAUCAGUCAAGAAUCCCUAGUUCUUCUGAAGUCAAUAUUGGGUUAAAGGUAAAAGGAGACAAUACUGGACAUAGUCGCGUUAGCAAUACAGGUACCAAACUGCCACCUCAGGGAAGCAUCACACAUCAGUAUAGAGAAGACUAUAGUAAAGUAGAUGCCUCUGAUAGAAGAUCCACCUCUCAAGAAAGUACUGCCCUUAAGACCAAUUACUGCCUACCUCUGCAGAACAAUCAGCCUUCACCAGAAAACUGUGAGAAAUAUAGUCCUAAAACAACAGGGAAAAAGGACAGUCAUGUAAGUAGUAAUGAAAGGAUGAAACCGAGAAAAUGCAGUGAUUACUAUGAAGGACAAUAUGAUAAUAGCCAUAAUGUUGCACAACAUGACCUAACAAAUAGGGCUAUCUCAAACAGUAAGUACAGACCACAUCAGAAAGAUUAUUCUUGGAGUGAAGAAGAAGACAGCAAAAUCACACCUCAGAUUACACCUAUGUUACAUUCUCUGGCCCAGGAAGGAAGAAAUCGAUCAGUAAGCUCUCCUGACACAGAAGCAAGCAAACAAUCACGAAGAAGUGACCGCUUUGCAACAACUUUGAGAAAUGAAAUUCAACAGAGACGGGCACGUUUGCAGAAGAGCAAAAGUACAGCAACCCUGACUGAAUCAAAUGAUGGAGAAAUUUUAGAAAACUGGAACCAGGAUUCUCUAGAAAGCAUAAAUCCUCCGUCCAAUGGUUCUUUUUCAAACACAUACAAGAACCAUUUGAAGGAGGCCCAGGCCAGAGUUUUAAGGGCUACUUCCUUCAAACGCCGAGAUUUAGAACCCAGUCUUGCAGAUCCUUCACUCUCUCCAGAACGAAGAAACCAAGGUUAUAUCAUUUCCAAGCCUAUGUUACCUCCUGAUGGUUCGUCUUACCAAUUUGACAAUAUUCAACCAAAGCAGAGUACAGCAGUGACCAACACUCAAAACAUAUCUCGUAUUGGUGGUCGAAAAAGGUUUACGACACAACAAAAACUUAAAUCCUACUCUGAACCUGAGAAGAUAAAUGAAGUUGGGAUUUAUGAGGAUCAUCCUCCGCUUCAAAACCAAGAUGCCACGCAAGGAACUGUUGGUUCAUUUGCAGAUCGAUGGAAAUUUUUUGAAGAGACGAGCAAAAGUACGGAACCUCCAUCUUCUCCAAAACCACCACCUUUUAAUGUGUCAGGAGAAAAUCUCCAUGUCAAGUAUGAUAUGUAUAUUGUCAAGGAUUAUGGAAAAUUACCAGUUGAAUCAUGGAAUGAAAAGAGGUCUCGGGCUGCAUCUCUAGGAUUUGAAAAUCUAUCUGAAAAGGAUAGAAAUCAUAAAGAUGAAUAUUAUGGGGUUAGUUCAAAAUCAACUGAUGAUAUUGCACCACAAGCUCUAAGGUUGGGCACUUUUGCAGAAUACCAAGCAUCUUGGAAAGAGCAAAAGAAACCUCUAGAAAGAAAAAAUUCUGGCAGAUGCCAUUCAGCUGAUAACAUUCUAGAUGCGGAUUUUGAUCAGUCUCAGAAAUCACAAUACAUGCAUGAGAGGUCAAGAUCAUCUCCUACAGCAGACUUCUACACACAGGGAGCCGUCGUAGAGUCAACGAAGCAGGCGGCCACCGAGAGGGAGAAUGCUGAGAGAGAGGACUGCAGCAGAGAGGACUCGUCCGUAAGCUUCUUGUCUCUGCAUACGGUGUCUCCUGCUUCAGAACAACUUUGUGAUCUUUCUGAGCCUUUGAGGAUUGUGGAGUUUGAAGAUAAAGGUUACCAAGCAUCAGUGGAUGAGAGUAUCGCAUAUGAGAGCAAUAGGAAAGUACCCAAUGAAUCGCCUGAAGUACCAGAUACACUAAGUGUACCCCAACAAAGCAGGGCAAGGUCUGGAACACUCCCUAGUGACUACAGAUUUGUGAAUGAAAAUGUAAGGUUAAAGAGCAAAGAUACUCGCUACUCAGCUGUCCCUAUUUCAGAAUCUCAACCUGACACUAGGUAUUCCUCACAGUUGGGAGAAGAAUACAGAAAGGAAGACCCAGUACCAGUGAAUAAAAAGCGUGGACCAGCUCCUCAAAGACCACCACCACCAAAACUAGACAAGUACUGGCGUCAGAACGGUUCCACGUCAUCUCUAGCUACAUCUACAGAAUCUUUACUGACACCAUCUCAUGGAACAAGUACAUCUUAUUCCCCAGGCAGUGUAGAUGUUGUGAAACUUCAGGCAUCACCUGCCCACAGUCCCGGGACGCCUUCAGAUAAACAUUUAAAUGUCCUUUUGCACAACCGAAGAAUUUCUGGGUCAUCGGAGAAUGUCAGCCAGCACCUAGACAAGAAGCAAAACAGUAGUGAGACUGAGGUUUCCUCCAAAUCCUGUUAUCUUCAAAAACCUGGGAUGGAGCGAUCACGAUCACCAUCUCCUCAAUUUGCUCCUCAGAAGCUUACAGAUAAGCCACCGCUUCUAGUUCAAGAUGAAAGCUUGGCCAGAAUUGAAAGAGUGAUCGACAACACCACAAUUAAGAUGGUUCCCAUUAAAAUUGUCCAUUCAGAAAGCCAUGCAGAGAAAGAAAGCAGGAACAACUUGCUGAGUGCCAUUGAGCCACCAGCCUUACCCACCGGUCUUACCAAAGACCAAAUCAAAACUCUCAGCACAUCUGAACAGUCUUAUUCCCGCUUUUGUGCUUAUACAAGACUUGACCAUGAUCCAGAAGACCAGCCCAGUGAAACCAACACUCAGUCAGUUCAGGAAUUUGUAGAGAACGCAAGUCCUGACCCAUCUCUAACAGCUGGUAACUCCAAGGGCAAAGAUUUGAUCUACGCUGAUCUGAAGUCUGAGGAGCUGAUGAGAGAAAUUGUAGGAAAAGAUAAGUCUCUUGCAGACAUUUUGGAUCCUAAUGCCAAAAUGAUGACUACAAUGGACCUUAUGGAAGGAAUAUUUAGAAAGGAUGAACACCUUCUUGAAGAAGCUCAGCAACGUAGGAAGAUGAAUCCAAAGGUUCCAUCUCCAAGGCCUUCAGACGAAAAAAAAGAAGAUCCCAAUAAAGCAGCCGCAGCAGCAGCCGCUGCCAUCUCUCUGACCACCAGCUCCACAUACUACAGCACGUCUGCACCGAAAGCCGAGCUCCUUAUUAAAAUGAAAGAUAUGCAGGAACAUCAGCACAACGAGGAGAGCUCUGAGGACGAGCUGGACCACAAUCUAUUUGAGAAAAAGCAAGAACUCAUCGACAGCAUCAGCAAGAAGCUGCAAGUUCUACGCGAAGCUCGAGAAACUCUCUUAGAGGACAUCCAGUGUAACAAUGCUUUAGGGGAGGAAGUCGAGAUUAUAGUAAAAGAAGUCUGCAAACCGAAUGAGUUUGACAAGUUUCGAAUGUUCAUUGGUGAUUUGGAAAAAAUUGUGAAUCUGCUGUUGUCACUAUCUGGAAGGUUAGCUCGGGUGGAAAAUGCCCUUAACAACUUGGAUGAGAAGGCCUCCUCAGAAGAAAGGCGGACGUUAGUUGAGAAGAGGAAGUUGCUGACCAGACAGCAUGAAGAUGCAAAGGAACUUAAAGAGAACUUGGACCGUCGUGAGCGGACCGUCUUUGACAUUUUGGCUAGUUACCUUAAUGAAGAAAAUCUUGCAGACUAUGAGCACUUUGUGAAGAUGAAAUCAGCACUCAUCCUCGAGCAGCGGGAACUGGAAGACAAAAUCAAACUGGGAGAAGAACAGUUGAAAUGCCUCACUGAUAGCCUCCCUCCAGAUCGUACCAAGUAGAGAAUGGCAGCGCCAAAGCUGGACUUGUGGCCGGCCGUCCUUGCACGUUUUUUUUUUUUUUUUUAAAUCUCCACACGUCAUAAUGACUAGAAUCUUUCUGGUGGAUGUAACACAAGAUGAAACUCUUCUCACUAGCAAUAAUGUUUUUUUUUUUUGUUUGAUUGAAAUUCUAUAUAUUUAAUUUUUUUUAUUUUAUGAUGGACUCAAUAUUUUAGAUCCAUAGGUGUUUAUGUUAGAUAUGCAAAUGUAAAUUUACAAUUUGAGAUCCUCCGUAUAGUGAACUCUGUUCCAUCAUACUGCAUGUAGCCAUGGUCUCUGCUGUUUUAUGUAUAACAUACAGUAUAGGAAAUCUCUGCAAAGAAUCUGAUCUCAUUGAAAGGUGUUCUAUAGAACGGUUACUGAUAGAAUUGUUAGGGCAAUAUUUUUUUUCUGUUUCUCAUUUUUCUUAUCUGAUCUCAUCUCACCGCAGUUAUGCAAAGGUUUUAUUUAUCAGCCUGAAAAUCUGCUGUCGUCUCAUUUUCUCCUGGAGAAAGAUAAUAAACGAUGAAAAACAAA